AUGUUCAAUGAGUCUCCGACCACUGACCAGCUGAACACCGCCCAAUCCCCAACCAAAUCCAAGGAUGGAGGCUAUUUUCAGUGCGGGUUCUGUAAACGCCACUACAAUCGAGCGGAUCACUUAAUCCGCCAUGUUCGAUCGCAUACAAGGGAGAAGCCAUAUAUUUGCGAUGUUUGCGAUAAGGGUUUUGCCCGGCCGGAUCUUCUAAAAAGGCAUGCAGCGGGGCAUGCACACGAUAGGGAUCGCAAGCGCAAAAGAAGCUCGUCAGUUGCGAAGCAAAGUCGAGUGUCACAGGCUUGCAAAGCAUGCGCUUCGUCAAAGCUCAAAUGCGACGAAACCAAACCGUGUAAACGGUGUCGCGAACGGAAUCUGCAUUGUGACUGGCAGGAUGUCGUGCAAGACUCGUCUCCGGAGCCAUCGCAGCACAAUGAUGAAUUGGAGAGACUGUCGACUCUGCCGGUCGAUUUAACCGCCACUGUGGCUUUCUCACCGAUGCCGACCCCGAUGGAUGAUUUCCCACCCACUAAUGCCAUCCUCAUGACCCCACAAGGAAAUGCGCCUGACCAGGUCCUCGACCCGGCGCUUGAUUCGGUCCUUUCGCCAGGGGUGCCAGUGAAUGGCCCGACUCAAAUUGAAUAUGGUGUUUCACCCACGGACCAAGAAAGUGGCAUUUUCAGCGUGGACGGCACCUUUUUUCCAAAUUUCUUCCCCGACUCGUUCAUAUCCUCGCUUGGUCGAUAUAACGACCCAUUUGAUCCGUCCAGCCUGAUCCCCGAGUUCACACCUUAUGGUGCACUAGAAAAUCCGGCUCUGGAUUUCAGUUUGACGGAUGGUGACUUCGGUCUUAUUGACAUGUAUAAUGCCGGAAGUUCAAUGCCGAGGAACGAAAACGAUCAACAGGACCGUUUCGAUGCCGACAGUGGUAUUGGUAUUGGAGCGGCGGCUUACCACCGGUCGUCGUUGUCGGCAUGGAAACCUCUCCAGGAAGACCGUGCAUUCAUCGAUCACGAGAACCUGUCGGUUCCCAAGGCCAUCGAUAGCCCCGAAAUCAAUCUUGCCGACCGACAAACAUUAUGCGAGCGGCUUUCCUCGAGCAGCCGAGACCAGAUUUUUGGUCUGGUGCUUGAAAUCAGCCGCGAGACCAACUUGAAUCGAAUUAUGAAGUCCUUUCCAAGCACAGAAUUAUUGGAUGGGUUAAUUCAACAGUUCUUCGACAAUCAGAGUCGCAACGUGGACUCUUUCAUCCACGCACCAACUUUUCGGCCAAGCGCUGAACAUGCAAGUAUCCUUGCGGCCCUGGCUGCUUCGGGAGCCGUGCACUCACCCAUUCAUACCAUACGCAAACUUGGCUAUGCUUUACUGGAGGUUGUGCGACUGUACAUGCCCACGAAGUAUGAAAAGGAUAAUAUUGCCACACGGGACCUACGUACAUCACAGACAUAUGCGUUGACUAUCGACAUUGGAGUCUGGAGUGGCAAUCGGCGAAAGACUGAAAUUGCAGAAAGCUUUUCUCAACCGUUGAUCACCAUGCUCCGUCGCGGAUUGAGAUUUCGUCGGUCGGUCUAUACAACUAUCAUUCCUCUGGCAGAAGAUACGGAUGAUAUACUGGAGCGUAAAUGGCACGAAUGGAUCGAGCAAGAAUCCUUCAAAAGACUUGUUUAUCAUCUUUUCCUCCACGAUUCCCAGACCGCGGUCACUCUUAACGUCAAUCCUCUAAUAUCCUAUGCCGACCUGGAGCUCCCCUUGCCAGCAGCGAGGUCAUUAUGGGAAGCCAAAACGGCUGGCGAGUGGAGACAGCUGUAUCCUGCCCAUGGGCCUGUGCGUGUACCGUCAUUAACAGAGCUUCUACGCGACAUGUCGCAGUUGUCAGUAUUCCAGGAUCGCAUCGACACACAACUUGCCGCUUUAGUCCUACUUCAUGGUCUCUCGGCCCUGAUCAACGAAUACCACCGACUAAAGUUCAUCUCAACCAGUAACUCGAAGCAUUGGCAUGCUCUUGUGACCAAUUCCCGCCAACAAGAGCUGGACCAAGCCCUCCAACACUUUCGCAUGGUGUGCUCGGAGUUGUGUGUUCCAUGCCGGCCUGAGAUCAUCUUGGUAUGUGAGGUCGUCUCGAUGCUCUUACACAUGUCGCUGGAAGAGCUUCAACUAUUCGCAGGCAAGGAAGACAAACAAGAGGCACAUCGUGUGUAUCAAUCUGCCCUCGAGUGGAUAGCCAGUGCCGAUUCCCGCCGAGCCAUCUGGCAUGCCGGCCAAACCAUCCGUAUUUCUCGUCAAAUGCCCCCCAGCUCAUUGACCGGGUUCUUCGCCAUUGGGGUAUUCUACGCUAGCCUGGCAUUCUGGUCUUAUGGCGUGGUAUCCAGAGCAAAGAAUACCCGACUCCUGGGGAGCCCCGUUUCCCAACUUCCUAGUCAAGGCCCCACAGUCUUCCUUGACGGAGAGGAGGUGGCGGAUGUGUCCAAGUUCGUCACGCUGGGCUGUGGUCAUCCGGCGUUACAAGGACCGAGUGAAACCGUCUUCCUAUCGGACUCUAGGUCCGUCAUGCAGAUUGGACAGAGAGCUCUGCGAGCAGAUAUCUCAGAGAGCACACCACCCCUGGUGCAGAGUUUGGCUCAGUUAAUGAGCGAUCUGGGAAACUGUGUCCUUGUGGGGUCUUAG